AUGUUUUCUUCCUCAGGCACCCAGCUCAGAGGCAUUCCUCUGAAGACUAAUUGCAAUGAAAGGGCAGUUCUGUUGUAGAUACGUAAGUGUGGUUGUUGCAGAAUAUGUCAUGUUUCAUUCCUGUCCCUACCCCCAUGGCUGUGAGUGUAAGAAAUCAGCUUUUCACCUUGCUUUGUGUGUUGGUAUGGGCAUGUUCUCAUAAAGCCCAGAAAGGUACAGCAUUAAAAAUCACAUACCUGUGUAUUUCCUAUAAUGCCAGCGGGAUAAGGAUGUCCUGUUUAUCAUAUCCUCUAUGGCACGAGUUUCACAUUGCUGAACUUUGAUAUUCUCUAGUUCAUUUAAGACAUAGAGCACGAUGUGUUUAGAGAAAGCGUUGCGGAAGGCAUGUAGUAAACAGCAGGAGCUGGCUUGUUGUUCAGACCUGUCAUGAGCCGUUGAGCAGUUUGGAGGCUUUGGUGUGAGGUGCUUUGCAUGGCUUCAUGGGGUACUGUGGAGAGCCUGUGGUGCUGGUUGGAUUGAGACAAGCACCCUGCCCACCUGGAUACACCUGCACUGACUGGACAUGGUUUGCGACUGCCCUGAGAGUAAUAGGAGGCUUUUCUUCUAGUGAACAGUCUUAGAUUUGGUGAGCUUUACAAUAUUACUCAGACAUUUAUGACUCCUUACUAAUUGCAAAUGCAUUUGCUAGGAUUGCCUGUAGUUCCUCACUCAGUGUGGUGGUUUUCUAUUUCUUAUCUCUGUGGUAUUUAACUGUUUUGUGAAUUUGGUGCCCACAGCUGUGAACUCAGGGCCUAUUUAAUGAGUGAAACAUCAGAUGUUCAAACAUCAUUGGGCAGGAUGGCUGCCAGUGCUGCUAGCUAACACUGUAUAUAAUAUUUUUCAUUGACUUCUUGCAACAGAUGAGUAUCCACGUGUUGUAAAUGGCAAAAUGGAGGAAAAGGGACUUGCCAAUGUUGGCUGGCAAACUGGAUGUUCAGAGUCCUAUGGCAGUGAUUUGUCUUUUGUCAUUUCCUUCCUCCCUCACCCACAUCCCCUUCCAAUACACCAUAGAAAUAUGUUCAAAGCUCAAGAAAACUCAAGUACAAGCAAAGAAGUUAUGCUUACAGUGUACACUACGUCCAAAGAGGCAAUGAUAAAGUAAUGAAUUCCAAGUUAUUUGCCUUUUGCCUGGAAUUUGCUUAUGAAUUUAGCAGAGUUUUGCUGUGGAUUCUUUGUGAUCCUGAUCCUGGGCAACUUCUGGUUCCUUGCUGUUCUGUACCUGCUGUGGCUGUACCUUGACUGGGAAACGCCAUGCACAGGGGGCCGACGGUCGCAGUGGGUGAGAAGUUGGACUGUUUGGAAGUACUUUAGGGAAUACUUUCCCAUUCAACUUAUAAAAACUUCAGAUCUGAAUCCAAAUCACAACUACUUAUUUGGCUUUCACCCUCAUGGAGUCCUGGUAGCUGGAGCCUUUGGUAAUUUUUGCACCAGUUCAAGUUUCAGCAGUUUAUUUCCUGGCAUUACUCCGUAUCUUCAUAUCAUGCCCAUCUGGUUUGGCUGUCCCUUCUUCAGAGAAUACAUAAUGAGUGCUGGCAUGGUUUCUGCAUCUAAGGAGAGUGUCUCAUAUGUGCUCAAUAACAAAGAAGGCGGCCAUGCCUCCAUCAUUGUGAUCGGAGGAGCAGAGGAAUCUCUGAAUGCACGUCCUGGAAGUUUAACAUUGAGCAUCCUCAAGAGGAAGGGCUUUAUUAAAAUGGCCUUGAAACAUGGGGCUCAUCUGGUCCCGGUGUUUUCCUUUGGUGAAAAUGAACUAUUCAAGCAAGUUGCAAACCCCAAAGGGUCAUGGCUGAGAAAUGUGCAGGAGAAGUUGCAAAAGAUAAUGGGCUUUGCUUUACCCCUGUUUCAUGCUAGGGGAAUAUUCCAGUACAGUUUUGGCUUAAUACCUUACAGAAAACCUAUUAAUACUGUUGUGGGAAGUCCCAUCCCUGUAAAACAGAGCUUGAACCCUACCACUGAAGAGAUUGAACAGCUGCAUGCAUUGUAUCUACAGAAACUAAGAAAGUUGUUUGAAGAACACAAAGGAACCUAUGGGAUCCCUGAGCAUAAAUCUCUCAUCUUUGAGUAGUACGUUACAAUUUGUGAUUCUAAAUCCCAUGGAAAAAAACAGUGUAUGCUGAAAGGUGUCUUUCCUGCAAUCUGUAUUUUGCAAUCUAUAAUUGUCCUUGUGUAAGGAAUAAUUUUAAGAAGGGAUUAUUAGAUGAUUUAUUGAUUUUUAUCUUAAUCUUGGGGGGGGGAGAUGAAACAUCCUUAGGGUGUGAGCCUUGAAUCCGGUACUGUUUUGAGUUGUCCUUUUAGGUUCAUCUGUACCAGAAAUGCUAGUGAGUGUCUCAACACAGAUGUUCUUGCCACCAUGGUACCUAACCAUUGCUUGAGCAGAGGAAAUUGCCCCAGCAUGACAGAAGUAUAAACCCAACAGACUUUUGAUUAGACGUUGAGAGACUUCACCAGCAUGCAUCAAACAUAACAUCAGGUUGUUCUCGGAACAUCAGAAAAUGCUGUUGCUGUUCCAUAGAAUUGAAGAUGCAUGUUUUCAGCAGAUGGCUAUUACAAGCCAUUUACAUGUGAAUUCAAUAAUAAAUAGGAGCUUUUGGCCCUAUACUGGAGUAUAGACAAAAGUGGUUUGUCCAGGUUACGGAGCAGAGUAAACCUAUUUGGAGAACAGUGUGUUGAGUUUUCUGUAUACAUGUAUAUACUGGGUGAUGGGAAGCCCUGAAUGAUGUGACUUUUUUGCAGAAACUGUGCUUUGGAUUGUCAGUUUGGAAGACGAAGCAGCAUUGUUUGGUAGUUCCAGCCUCAGAGGAGAUGUCAGGCACAGGACAGAAGUGUACCAAGGAGCCUAGUGGGGGAAUCAUAUAAACUUUAGUUCUUGUGCACAUUAGGAAAGAUCAUAUCCCAAGCCCUGCCACAGAAGGAAGGGGAGCGCAGCUUUUCAGUCUAGUUCUGCAGCUUCACCACGGAAGGGGUGUACUUGAUAUAUGCCUCUUUCUUCCCCACUGAUAGAUGUAGAAAGCUGUGCUGCACCGUGACUGUGAGCUAAAGAUAAGGAUUGUUUCAGCUCUUGGAAGGGCAUGUGUCUAGGGAGGUCAAAUACAGUAGGAUCGAUACCUGGGAAGAGGUGUCUAGGGUCCUGAGGACUGUAGUACGUGAUGAGCCCUCAGCCAGCUGUGUGAAAUGUUCUUUGGAUUUGUUUUUGUGCUGCCUGCCCCAGGAGCAGUAGUGCUGAUUAUUUAUGAAAGAAGAAUUUGGAGUCUGUGUCACUGUUCUAGAUCAUCUGCUCUAAUGAGGUAUUUCCUCUCAUUCUCAGUCUGCUCUUUUCCCACUACCUUGAUGAUACAGAAGCUCAGGAUGUAAAUUUUAAUGCAUUAGUGUAGGAUUCAGUAUGGGAAGUAACAAUGGAUUGUUGUUGAUCAGAUUAGCCAAAACUUCUAGGGAACUAUGUGAAUACUGAUUUUGGGGCAGUAUGUAGUCCAGAGGUUAUCCUACAGACAGGCUUACCUCUGAAUUCAGUGAGCAAAUUAUCUGUGGGUUCUGAGUACCAUCUGUAACUGGCAUAGGUGAAAAAGUAGGGAUUGUGUUACUGUGACUACUGAUACUUUCAUUCCUUUGUAACACAGGAAGAUGGAGAGAAAAAAAGAAACCAAAAUCUUUAAGCUACUUAAAUGCAUCUUGUUGCUUGGUAACUGCUUCAUAUUGCUUAUGAUGGCCCUUCCAAACUAUGUUUUAUUAACAAGUUUUCUAGUGUACCUAGGGCUGUUGUAGCAUAGAGUAUCAGUCUCUUAACCUCAUGGGCGAGGUGUCAUCAAAAAUACUUACCUCUCUGUUAGCAUGUGGGUUUGUGAAACAGCCCUGCAAUACUGAGCCUAAAGGCCAGAACCCUGGAAGCCAUAGACCCACUGUGGCUAGUGCAGGCAUCAGUCCUGCCACUGCUGCAGCCAUGAGGAGGCUUCCUGUGUUUGUUACAGUAAGCAUCAGCACAGACUUCAGCUGCAGCUCAUGCUUGAGAAAUCAUACUUGACCAAGCAGGGGGUAGGAAUGGUGAUGCCCUCUCCUCCGCUGUGAUGAGAACAAUCAGGUAGUGCUCAGAUUUCUGGUGGUAUGUCCACACUCACUGGGGCCUGCUUUGUCCUGUGUUUCUCUUUGUGCCUUCUGGUGACACAGACAAUCCCAGGGAAGCCAGUCAUCUACAACCAAGCUAGGUGCUCUGUCUCUGUACCGUGCACGCACUGCCUCCCCAGUGUGCUCAAGGUGAUACUGCCUGUUCCCUUGAGCGUGAACAUUUCUCUGCCAAAUUUUGUUUACACAGAGUCAAUUCUCAGUAAUUUUACUUUUGAACUACAAAGCGUAUUUUCCACUUUGUAACUUUUUAUGGUACCUGUAAAAUAUGAAUGUCUGUUGUUUCAGUGAUGGCUGUGGCAAGGAGGUGUGAGAUAAUAAAAGUUUGUAUCAAAGUG